AUGAGAUGGUCUCUGGCGUUACGCAAGGUCACAAGGGUGCCUACGCGCAGCGUAGUUUUGGCUGAUGCGCUUCGUUAUCACCCACGGUAUUCCGUUCCUCGAAAGAUGGUGCUAAGCAACUCCUUCAACACCGUCGAUGAGAAAAACCGAUUUCUUUCUUUGCGACUCAUUUUGGAAAAGCUAAGUGGAAACGUCGGAAGGAGGCAAUACCGUAUGAUGUGUGACAUUACUCGACACUUUGAAAGACUGAAGGAGGAGGGGAUUGACUGGCACGAACUGAAGUGGUUAAAUCGCACUGAACUCAUGGAUCUUUUUGAUAAUAUUCUUUCUCUCUCGCGCACGGAACGAGCUGUUCUUCUUCCUGCCAUUGAGGCGAAGAUUUGUGGGGUACUUCGUCGUUCCGAUACGAGACACUCCACAUCGAUAUGUGUCAACCAAGGCGUGGCGGAGCAUGGAUGGCGUUGCGGACUCUAUGGCCAUACAAAUGAUGUUUACUUUGAGGGAAAGGCGAAGGCAAAUCCUACUGUGCUGCAAAUAUAUCAUCGUUCUUCCGUUCGUAGUGUUGAGCGGUCUGGUGUACGUGUUGAGGUGAGGACAGCACCUGAUUUCUCAGUUGUGGGUCGUUUUAGUCAUCCGCUUAGUCCACGUGUCUGGAGCACACCAGAGAACCCGGUUUUUCAAGUAUCCACGAUUGGAUACGAGUUCCGCGUUCAUCCAGAGGAUCCGCGAGUGGUUCCACAGAUUGAGGCAGCAGCGCGAGAGUGGGAGCUUCAUGCGGCAGUUACACAACAGGUGGUGUGGGAAAUGUUGGAAAUGUAUGCCGUGGAGCGUAAUCCACAGCCACUAGAACUAAAGUCAGGUGAGAUGGGUGCUCCGGAUUGCCCAAGUUUGUAUUCUAGUGCAUUCACUGUGCGACAUGAUUCCAUUGCUGGAAGUUCUGAUGAACAGGGUGCGGUAACGGAGCAACGCAUGAUUUCAACGGAUGGCCAUGAGGUACCGUGGUUCAAGGAACCAUUGACACAAAAGUUUGAGGGUGGUAUUCCCGUUAUUUUGCCUUUUGCCCCCUCUAUUGUCGUGAAGAGCUCCUUUCGUCAAGUCACACGUACUUUUCCUGUAGAUGUGGAGCGUCAAUUGCUGCAGCCAGUUGUUGACGUUACUUGUUUUGUGCACCCUCAAGCCUGUUUUUGGUGGAGUGAGGAAGAUGAAGAGCGAUGCCUCAAUCACAUUGUUGAAUACGCCAAACGUAUACCCUAUGCUCUUCCCUUCAACUUGUAUCUUCGUGUAGACACCACGAAGGAUUUUCGAGAUGCCCCAAGCAGGGUGGAGGAAAUGGAAAAACGUCUUGCCGAGAAGUCCCAUUACUUUAAUCUUCGACGCUUUCGUGAAUCUACUGCAGCAAAUUCCGAGAAGUAA